ACCAAAAGAAUUAAGCUAAAUGUGAUGCUAGCUGCUUUAGCUUUCUUUCGCUCUGCUUGAAGCCAUCAUAGAGAGUCAGACCAUCUGUGAGCCGAACAUGUGAGUGUUUGCAGUAAAAAAUAUCUCCAGUCUGGAUUCAACACGAGGUUUUAAACGAGCUGCUGCUGAAGAAACAUACACAGAGUUUAAGGAAGAGAUGGAUGACCAGACGCUGGUUUUUACCCGGACACCUCAAAUCAUCUUAUUUCGAAUAGACCACCUACUGGAUCAGUUUUGGAAAGAGGAGGUUUUCUCUGACCAGCAUCUCUGUAAACCUGAGACAGGUCCCAGUUUGGACCAGGAGAAACCAGAACCUCUGCAGCUGAAAGAAGAGCAGCAAAAGCCAGAACAUCCAUGGACUAAAGAGGAACCAUUGGAGCUCUGCAUAAAUGAACAUAAAGAGCAUCUUGAACUGAAGCAGGAGACUGAAGAUUCAUUAAUGUUGACUCCUAAUUAUGAAGAAAAGAACCACAUUCAAUCAGAACUAAUCAGUAACCAAGUUGUCUCUCAGAACUUUAAAAAAGAAUCAUUUAUUCCUAAGGAAAACGUCACUCAAGACUUGAAAAGUCACACAGCUGAGAAACGUUUUCCAUGUCGGACAUGUGGAAAAGGUUUUUCUAAAAAAAGAGAUUUAACAGAUCACAUGAGGAUUCAUUCAGCUUCAAUUGAAGAUCAACGACGUGCAGUUAACUCCUGCAGAAGAAAGAUUCGCAGAGUUUAAAGAGAUAGAGGCCGAGAACGAGAUGGAUGAUCAGCGCAGACUGCUGGAUUUCACUGGGUCACCUCAGGUCAUCUUACACCGAAAAGGUACGAAACACCUGAGAUUAUAAUGUUUUACUGAAGACGAAGGAUGCAUAUGUAGUGGUUAUAAAACUAUUUCAAACAACAAAAAAGGAAAACAAGAUCUACUGAUCUGCGAUCGAUUAUUCUGGUCUCUCAAGUUCAGCACUACAGGCAGAUAACGGUACAGAUACGGCAAAAGGUAGCCUAAGUUUAAAGAAGUUAAAAGAAAUUUAUUUUUCAUUACUGUUACUUUUCUGUGUUACUUUUCUUUGUUGCUUUUCCGCCUAUGUUUGUUUGUGGUUCUUGAAAAGUCUAACAUUUUGAAUCGAAUGUUUUGAGUUUGUUGGUCGUUCGAGUCUCGAUUGUUUUGUCUGUUGGAAUGUAGAGGAACGUAACGGUUAUGCUCCAUUAUAACACCGGACAUGCAAAGAGUAACAUUGUGUCCGUGUUUUCAUUACUUUACCUAUUCUUAUGAGUUCGAAUAGGUAAAGUUCGAACUCAUAAGAAAUUGCUCUAACACGAUGUUUGUUUAAUGAACAGAGAAUGUUGUGGUGAUUGUUAUAGCGAUGUUUGUUUAAUUAACAGAGAGCGCUGCGGUGAUUUUGAUAACUAGUUUAAGAGCUGCUAUGCUAUACUUAGCUUCCUGGUUAACUGCGUAGGCUACUGUGUGUGUUCGAUUUGUUUCACUGUGCCGGCAUAACUAGAAUGUGUGUAAUGUUCAAUGUUACAGAGUAAUGUCUGAAACUGUUUUGAAAUUAUAACACCGGACAUGCAAAGAGUAACAUUGUGUCCGUGUUUUCAUUACUCCCCUUUAUAGAGACGUAACACAUACUGUACGCUUAAGUAUUUAAAUUUGGAACAGUUAAUAGGAUGCAGUAUUCUCAUUUCCUGUCCGCUUUCAAAAUAAAAGCAUUUUGAGACGUUUCCCGAUUUGCGUGAUAAUUUUUUUUCUAAAAA